AUGGAGCACAAAGACGGACCUGGCGGUGAUGCCCAGGCCGACCUUGAGCGGCAGCAGCUGGAGCAGGAGGAGAUGAGCGACUCUGAAUCGGGCUCUGAAUCGGUCGAGAUCUCGGACCUGAAGAAGCGCAUGUGGAAGGACCAGAUGCUGCUCACGAAGCUCGAGGGCCGCGCGGGCGCCAGGGGCGUGGCAGUGCCUGCCCGGGCAUCCACGUCAUCGGACGGCGCCGGCGACGAGGAACCUCCCGACGUGCGGUGCCGCCGGAAGGCCAUGCUCCGCGCGCAGGACGGCGUCCUCCGGCACAUGCUGAGGAUGAUGGAGGCCUGCAACGCGCGCGGGUUCGUGUAUGGCGUCAUCGACGAGGCCGGCGAGCCCAUGUCCGGCUCCUCCGACAGCCUCCGUGGCUGGUGGAAGGAGAACGUGAGCUUCGACCGCGCCGGCCCGAUGGGUCUGGUCGGCCCCAUGGGCGGAAGCCCGCUAGGCCUGGCCUCCUGCCUCCACCGGCUGCAGGACAUCCAAGACAGCACGUUGGGAUCGGUGCUCUCUGCGCUUAUCCAACACUGCGAGCCGCCGCAACGGAGCUUCCCGCUGGAGCGCGGCCUGGCGCCGCCGUGGUGGCCGACGGGACACGAGUCCUGGUGGGGAACACAGGGAGAGAUGCAGGCCCACCAGGGCGUGCCGCCGUACCGGAAGCCGCACGACCUCAAGAAGGCGUGGAAGGUGUCCCUUCUGAGCGCGGUGAUCAAGCACAUGAGCCCGCGCUUCGACCAGAUGCGCAAGCUCGUGUGGCAGUCCAAGCGGCUGCAGCAGAAGAUGAGCGCCAGGGAGUCCGAGACCUGGUCCAAGGUGCUCCGGCAGGAGGAGGCGCUUAGCAGCCGGCUGAAGACCUCGCUGCGGAUCACGCCACUCGAUCAGGAGGAAGAGGAUGACGAGGUGAAGACGAAGAAGGAUGGGGAGGAAAGGGACAAGGAUGACAUGGGAGGCGCUGUGCGCGGUGAGCAUGGCAAGCGCAAGCGGGAGAGCUCCCGGAGCAGCAGCCCGAGUGGGAGGUGCCCCCGUCCGACAGGCGGGAAGCCAUCAGAGCUGACCAUAAUGCUGCCCGAUCAGCUCGCUGCUGCGACCACGGAGGAGAGCCGGAGCCCGAUCGACGAGCUCAUGAAGCUGUACUACAGCUGCAUACAUGGGGCCGAAAGCUACGGCAGCCCGGGGAAGGACGAUAUGGCGCUGAUACCUCCCGUUGUGCUGGACGGCAUAGAUGAGGUGGCGCAGGAUGUCUUGUUUGAUAUCAUUGGGAGCUGCCCGGAAGUAGAAGACGUGUUACGCUUGAUGGGAGAGUGA